AUGCUGGAGAAUGCAGGAUUUGAUGGAUUCGUAAGAAACGCUUUGCACCACCGCACUCAGGCAUCUUUAUGCAAGGGCAUUACCGAUGGCUGCACCUUUUGCUCGUCAGCAAGUGAGCUCAUCUCGAGGCGGGGCGUCUUCUCGCGCAGACAGUAUGGCUCCGUUGAACAGCUGUCGGCGUCGAUCGAGGCAGGAGGUGCAGCGGACACAGUGGUACGACGGUACCGCCUUGAAAAUGGCAACUCACUCGGCGAAAAAGACGAGUUGUUUGGGCCACCUAGCGCUCCAGUUUUGGAAAACCCGGAGUUCCAGACACGAUGGUAUUUCAAAUAUUUCCUUGGAAAAAUGCAUCAAAACUACAUCGGGGUGGAUGGUGCGAGGGAGCCUUACCUCUUAAGUGUAGUGCAGGAGGGCGCGGGUCUUUUACGAGCUAUUCUCUUCAACAAGAUGGGUGCGCAUAAAAUUUAUCUACCCGCGAGUGCUUGGAGCGGUGGAGGCGGUCAGGCACCCACCCGGCCGACUAUCAAACAGAUUUUAGCACAGUUUACCGCUAUCGAAAGGCUCGACAAAAUGCCUAGAGAGAUAACGUGUCCAGAAUUACAAAAAGAUGUUUUGCUCCUCGAAGAACAAGAAGGCUCUGUGAAUUUCAAAAUAGGUGUUAUGAUAAUGAAGCCUGGCCAGAAGACUGACGACGAAAUGCUUUCGAAUGAGAAAGGCAACGAGAAAUGGGAUCGGUUUAUUUCACUUCUGGGGGACAAGAUUCGAUUACGCAGCUGGAACCGCUUUCGAGGAGGCCUCGACGUUAAAGGUGACAUGACUGGCAGCCAUUCCAUUUACACAAUGCACCAAGGGCACGAGAUAAUGUUCCACGUCUCAACUAUGUUGCCGUUUUCCAAAGACAACAAACAACAGUUGGAGAGGAAGCGGCACAUCGGCAACGAUAUAGUAAACAUCGUGUUCACUGAAGACUCUACCCAUAACACAUUCAAUCCGCAGUGCGUCAAGAGCCACUUUACACAUAUAUUCGCUGUGGUAUCAGAGGUGGAAGGCGAAGGGUAUAGAUUGAGCGUGUACACAGACGAUACGGUACCACCAUUUGGACCAUCGCUGCCGUGUCCGCCAAUCUUUAACGACCCCCAGCUGUUCAGAGAAUUUCUACUUGUCAAGCUAAUGAACGGUGAAAAGGCGGCAUUUCAAACUCCAACAUUCGCUUUGAAAAGGCAGAGAACUUUGGACACUUUAAUUAGAGAUAUAUAUGCAGAACACUGCUCGGAUCACAAAGUGCCAAUGCUUUCUCGUCGUGCGUUAUCAGAUGUAUGGUCAGGAAGUGCAGGGGCGGGCGGGGCUGGUGCGGCACGCACUGAACGCUUCCUGCAUGUAGGCCAAGCUUUGAAACUCGAUGCCGUGUUACGUGGAGAUGCUCCUACUAGCUUAGUGUCUAUGGGGUCAGGAGGCUCGCGUCGUGCGCCUUGGGAAGGACGUUUGUGGCGUGCUGCCCCGCUCCCUGCCACGCCUGUUUGCGCAGAGCAACUGGCGGAAGGACGUCUCUUACUUUCUACUACUUCCAACACAUACAUCCUUGAAGAAAGUGGCACAACGAAAGUUGUACUAAGAUGGGAAGGUUGCGUCCGAGCGGCUCGCAUUACGGAGCGCGCGGGAUUGUUCAGAGUCGGUGCUCGGGUGUCUGCGGGGGGAGGCUCUACGACCGGCGGUGCGGGGGGCGCGGGGGUAUAUGCUUUACCUCUAGCAGAGCUGUGUGCUGGCGCCUGGGCCAUGCGACCUCUGCAAGAUUGCAAGCACGCAAGACUUCCUAGAACUAAGACUGCGCAUCUGUUCGAUAUACUGGAACAAGGUGAAGGAGGGAAAACUUUAUUAGCAAUAGCUAUUGGGAGAAGAGUUCUCUUAUUGUCCGAAGAAUCUAACCCUGAUAACGAAAUGGGAUUUGAGUAUACACAUAUAAAGGACAUCCAAUUAAGCGAAUCACCAAUAUUAAUAAAACUGAUGGAUGGAGAAUAUGGAAUUAUGGUAGUCGGUUACAAACAUCAUUGGGAACUUUUAGAAUUAAAUAAUGUACAGAGUAUAAAACGAGCAGAAGGUUCAGAAGAUAGCGGGCCUAGACGUGGUGCUCUUGUUAAUGCUUUAAGAAUUGGAGACGAAAGAGAUGGUCAAAUAAUUUUGUGUUACAACCAUACAUGCCAUUUUGAGCGGUUAACAACUAAAGGCCUAGAAAGUGACUGUGAAUAUGAUUUCCACUGGACGACUGUUCCUACUGCCGUUGUUUGCGCUUUUCCGUACAUAAUGGCGUUUGCUGAAGACUUACUAGAAAUAAGAUUAGUUGCCAAUGGGUCCCUAGUACAUGCGGCAUGCAUCCCUGGAUUGAAAAUACUUUGUGGUCGAAGGGAUAUAUUCUACGUAGCGUGCGCGCCAGAGUAUGUUCCUCUGAGCCGGGAGAUAGAUCCUUGCCUCGCCCUACACGACAACUACGAGCUAGUGAGACAAAUGAGCAAGUGUGGGCCUUACUCCAUUGAUGAUGAUGACAACGGAGAGAUAAAGGGAGAUCCAAGUCAUAACAAUCGUACUCCGGAAAACAACUCAAGUUCGAGUCGGAGCAGCUCUAUAUCAUCAGAUCAAGAGAACAUUCGCCCGCCUUUGCAGAGGAUGACGCCUAUCUCACCACCUACGUCGCCACAAGUGCUUCCAGAGAACAGCGGCCGCUGCGUGCGUAUCUACAAGGUCCCACAGUGCAACCUCAGCGCCGCCACAUACCAGCGACAGUCCGUCUCUGCAGACCACGUAGUCACUUCCUAUUUUACGGACAGGCCGAACAGUAUCAGACAAAGACUGGCAGAAUUAAGAGUCGACAGCAAAUCCAGAGGCGGCGACGAAGAAGACUCAAUGGAUAUUCCAAGUGUCCAGCCCUCGAUGCCAUAAAUUGAUACCUGAGCGUAUAUAUUAAUCCUGAAAAUUAAAAAUACGAGAUAUUGCGUAUUAAAGUUUUCCAAAACGCAAAGCAGGGAAUUACACCACAAUCUUCCUACGACUUAUAAUUAGAAAUAGAUAAAUUUCGUCUGAGGAACUAUGGCGUCGAUUGCAUCAUCUAUCGUUCAUUAACGAUAAAUGAACUAAACAAAAUAGUUGUAUACAUUUGAAGGUCGCAACCUGCUUCACUGAGAUUCUCUUUUGUUGACCCCCAAUUUUCGUCCAAUACGGACCACAAGUCGGUCCUUGUUGACACCCGGGUAUUCAUAAUCCAUCCUCUUCGGGUAUAACUCAUCUCGAUUCGAGGGUCUAACUGGAGAGUUAUCAAUCUAUUUAUCAUAAUUCCAGCGUAAAAUCAACGCCGUAUCAACAACGUAUCUAAUAUUUUAAGUCAGGGACCGCUUCCAAAAUAUCACCCUUUAUAAUUAAGUUACAGUAUUUUUUGCGAAGAAAAAGUAGUUAAAUUUAAAUAUCGAACAUUUAUAUAAUUGUUGUAGCUUAGUAGAAACUAGAAACGAACCUAUAUUACUGAAUGUUUAGGAAUUAGCUAUUAGAGGCCGUUAGGUACA